AUGGCGUCCGUGUCGUCGCUGGACAAGGAUCUGCGCAAGAUGCGACUUGACAAAUACACCCCGGCCGCCGCCAAUGAGGCGCGGACGUGGGUGGAAGAGUCGCUAGGCGAGAAGCUGUCCUCGUCAGACCUCCUCGAGGGCCUGAAAGAUGGCGUUGCUCUAUGCAAGCUCAUUAAUCUCGCCAUACCCCCUCCUGGAAUCAAGUUUAAGCAAUCUGCCAUGCCCUUUGUGCAAAUGGAAAACAUCUCCCACUUUCUCCGAGCCUGCCAGUCACCGCCGCUGAACCUCCACGAGCACGACAUCUUCCUCACCGUCGACCUCUACGAGCAGAAAGACCCCGCGCAAGUGCUGCAGUGCCUCGGCGCAUUCAGCAGAGCUGCACACGGUGUCAAUCCGCAGCGGUUUCCUAGCGCCAUUGGUCCCAGGUCGCAUCCCGGCGGCGGGCCAUCUACUCCCGGGGGCCUCCGUGGCCGCGGAGCCUCGAUUACGAGCAACACUUCAUCCGCAUACAGCAAUACGAAUCGAUCCAACAUGCUCCCUUCCCGAACGGGCGACUCAGCCUCCGGCCGCUGGAGCCCGACAAAGAGCCCGACGCGCGACACUGGCUCACCUGGCCCGGUUAGUACCUGGAGCAGCAAGCAGCAAGAGAACGCGUCGACCCCAGCCUGGAAUAUCUCACAAUAUGGUUAUAUGGGCGGUGCCAGUCAAGGUAACCUUGGCAUUCAGUUUGGUGGCCGCAGACAAAUCAUCAACAGCGGUCCACGGGUUCCCAGCCUGGCCGAGAAGGAACGCAUGCGCAAAGACCAAGCAGCUGAAGAAGAACGACAGAGACAAGAAGAAGAGGAGCGCGAGCGAGAACGACUGGCAGCAGAAGAGGCUCAGGCAAAAAGGGAAGAGGAGGAGCGCUGGGAAGCAGAAACGCGAAGGCUGCGCCAAAAGGCCGACGACGAGAGGCGACGAUGGGAGGAGGAAGAGCGCCAGUGGAAGCUGACGGAAGAGCGACGUAAGAAGGAGGAGGCUGAAGCCGAGGCUAAGGUAGAGGAGGAACGGCAGAGAGCGAGGAGCCGUAGCCCGGUGAAGCUGCGUGGCCAGUACCUGAGCCAACAUCAGGCCGCCGACCGUGCUGUUAGCGGCGACGCAACCGACGACAGCAGCCGUAUAAAAGCCCUUGAAAAAGAGCUCGAAAAGGCACGACAGCGCGAGGCGGAAUACGAACGGGAGCGACAAGGACGCGGGUCCAACAGGUCAUCUGUCAUCUCCGGUGCAGGCGCAUUCAAGUCACCAUCUGUUGGGACAAAAUCUCCCAAGGCCAGAUCUCGAAGCCGACCACGGGCUGCGGCGCCUGUCCAAAGCCCGCCCAUGCGACAGGAUUCCUGGGCACAAGGCGAGCGAGAAUACCUGCAGACCCAAUGGAGCCAGCAGCAGCAGCAGCAGCAGCAGCAGUCCCCAACGCCCGAGCCAGUGCGGCGCGCACCUGAGCAUAUCCAACAUCAGCGUACGCCAGAGCCACCGGCGCCUGCCGUUCGCUCUCCACCGCCACCGCAAUCACCACGCCCUCUGCCCGACCCAACCGCUACCACGCCCCAGGUCAAGUCGCACAACACGGGUGGCAGCAGCCGACCUCUGCCCGACCCUGCGACGUACCAAUCACCGCCCACACCGCAAAAUCGCACCGGCCGCUUCCUCGCCAGCAACCCCGCCCCGAAGUCGCCCGCGGCACCGCAGACGUACUCGCGUGAGAUUGGCAGCAGCGCCGAGGAGCGUGACGCCGAGGACCGGCGGCGGCAGCAGAGCCAGGCCAAGACCAAGGCCGGCGGCUGGGCCGGCAAGUCGCUCCUCGAGCGCGAGAUGGAAAUGGAGCGCGAGCGCCAGCGCGAGUGGGAGGAGGCCCAGAAGGAAACGGCCCGCGCCGUGCCGUCCGGCGAGGGCGUCGACGGCAUCGGCGGCGGCAUGGGUGGACGCUGGGACGUCGGUCAGUGGAGCGGCUACACCGGCGGCGACUCGCAGAACAGAGGCAACCAGGGUAUCGGCGCCGGACGCAGACAGAUUGUCGGCCCUCGGCCGCUGCCCGGCUCAAACCGCUAG